AUGAAGUACGCCUUUGUGUCCGCCCUCCUGGCCGGUCUGGCCCAGACCACCCUCGCCCAGACUGCGUGCCUGGACAGCUGCCAGGUCGCCGACAAUGCCUGCCGCACGGCUCCCAACGCCAACCUGUCCACCUGCGCCUCCAACCUGGCCGCUUGUCGGGAGAAGUGCCCUGCCGCCUCGCCCAUGUCCUCUUCCUCGACGCACGCCCCCGUCGCCACCCACACGCCCGCUGUCGUCGUCGAGAAGGUCGUCGUCUGCCACGUGUGCGAGGAGGAGGCGGCCCAGAAGCACGCGCAGUGCAAGGCCGAGUGCCAGAUGAAGGAGAACGCGUGCUGCACCGCCCCCGGCGCCAAACAGUCCACGUGCUCCUCCGACUACGCCGGCUGCGAGGCCAAGUGCCCUCCUCCCACUGCUGUGCCUCAGCACGGUGACGAGUGCGAGAUCAAGUGCAUGGACGUUGACAACAAGUGCCGCACCACACCCGACGCCAACCUGUCCACCUGCGCCUCGGACCUCGCGCGUUGCAAGGCGUCUUGCCCCCAGCAGCGCAACAAAUAUACGCCACCGCCUCCCGGCCCCCACCACGGUGACUGCCCCGAGUGUGACGACGACAAGGAGCAGUGCCACGUCCAGUGCAAGGCCCUUGACAACGAGUGCCGUACCAAGCCUGGUGCCAACCUGUCCACCUGUGCUUCUGAGCUUGCCGGCUGCGAGGCCAAGUGCCCCCCUAUUCACCACGGCGAGGAGUGCGAAGCCAAGUGCCAGACCAUCGACAACGAGUGCCGCACCAAGCCUGGUGCCAACCUCUCUACUUGUGCCUCCGAGCUUGAUGGCUGCAAGGCCAAGUGCCCUGCUGUGCCUCCUUACCACGGCGACGAGUGCGCGGUCAAGUGCCAGACCGUCGACAACGAGUGCCGCACCAAGCCUGGCGCCAACCUGUCCACCUGCGCCUCCGACUUCGAUGGGUGCAAGGCCAAGUGCCCUGCUACUCCUCCUCACAACGGCGACGAGUGCGAUGCGCAGUGCCAGGCUGCCGACAACAAGUGCCGCACCGCCCCUGGCGCCAACCUGUCCACCUGCGCCUCUGAUCUCUCUGCUUGCAAGUCCAAGUGCCCCGUCCGCACCAUGACCGCCAUGCCUCACCCCGUGCCCACCAACAGCAAGGUCGUCGUGGACGACGACAACAAGAACAACAACAAGGGCCUGCAGUGCACUGUCGAGUGCGAUACCGUCUACACCGAGUGCUGCGCUCUGCCCGGUGCCGACAUUGUGGCCUGCGGCGAGGACAAGCGGGUCUGCUACGAGCGCUGCCCUGCUGAUGGCCACAAGAAUGGCACCAUCCUCACGGCUGGGAGCGAGCGCAUGCAGCCCGCCUUCAUGGCUGUCGCUGCUCUUGGUUUCGCAGCCCUCUUCUAA